GGGAAGCCAGGGCCGCAACCUGCGACGGAGACAGCGGGGCCGGGGGCUGAGACACCCGGAGCCGGCCCGGGGCAGGAGGGAGAGGCAGGCGGGAGAGUGCAGGAAAGGACGAGAAACGCCGGCAAGCGAGCUGAGUGGAGCGCAGGGACCGGGAAGGAGGAGGAACGGAGAGUCAGGAGCCGGCGGCGGGAGGAUGGCAGGCCCGGGAGAGCACAGGGACGAGGGGGUCAGGCGUGGGGCGGCAUCGCAGGAACCCGGGCGGCCAUGGCGGCUGCGGCCGAGGCGGCGGCCGUGGAGCCGGCUGUGCGCCCCGCUGCGGGGCCGGCGCUCUGGCGCCUGCCCGAGGAGCUGCUGCUGCUCAUCUGCUCCUACCUGGACAUGCGGGCCCUCGGCCGCCUGGCCCAGGUGUGCCGCUGGCUGCGCCGCUUCACCAGCUGCGACCUGCUUUGGCGCCGGAUAGCCCGGGCCUCGCUCAACACCGGCUUCACGCGGCUCGGCACCGACCUAAUGACCAGUAUCCCAGUGAAGGAACGGGUGAAAGUGUCUCAGAACUGGAAGCUAGGGCGCUGUCAAGAAGGGAUUCUGCUGAAGUGGAGAUGCAGUCAGAUGCCCUGGAUACAACUAGAAGAUGAUUCUCUGUACAUAUCCCAGGCUAAUUUCAUCCUAGCCUACCAGUUCCGCCCAGAUGGUGCCAGCUUGAACCGUCGGCCCCUGGGAGUCUUUGCUGGGCAUGAUGAGGAUGUUUGUCAUUUUGUGCUGGCCAACUCACAUAUUAUCAGUGCAGGAGGAGAUGGGAAGAUUGGCAUUCAUAAGACUCAUAGUACCUUCACUGUCAAGUACUCGGCUCACGAACAGGAGGUGAACUGUGUGGACUGCAAAGGGGGCAUCAUUGUGAGUGGCUCCAGGGACAGGACGGCCAAGGUAUGGCCAUUGGCCUCGGGCCGGCUGGGACAGUGCUUACAUACCAUUCAGACAGAAGAUCGCGUUUGGUCUAUUGCUAUCAGCCCAUUACUAAGCUCUUUUGUGACAGGGACAGCUUGUUGUGGGCACUUCUCACCGCUGAGAAUCUGGGACCUCAACAGUGGGCAGCUGAUGACACACCUGGGCAGUGACUUUCCUCCAGGCGCUGGGGUGCUGGAUGUCAUGUACGAGUCCCCGUCUACACUACUUUCCUGUGGUUAUGACACCUAUGUACGCUACUGGGACCUCCGCACCAGUGUCCGGAAAUGUGUCAUGGAAUGGGAGGAGCCUCAUGACAGUACCCUAUACUGCCUGCAGACAGAUGGCAAUCACCUCCUAGCUACAGGUUCCUCUUACUAUGGUGUCGUACGGCUGUGGGACCGGCGCCAGAGGGCCUGCCUGCACGCUUUCCCGCUGACGUCAACCCCUCUCAGUAGUCCUGUAUACUGCCUGCGUUUCACCACCAAGCAUCUCUAUGCAGCGCUGUCUUACAACCUCCACGUCCUGGACUUUCAAAACCCGUGACAAGUAAUCCCUUCUUGCAGGCCAGGGGAACCAGCUACUCAGGGACCUCUCUUUCCACCCCUGCCCUGUACCUAGACCUGUGACUUCAGUGCUCAGACAUUAAAGGCACUGGUGCUCACCCAGCAAUGCAGGACCUCCCUGGAUGUGUGGAGAGAUGGGACCUGCUGCCUUGGGAAAAUGCAGAACUCAGGCCUAUGUCUAGCACCCUUAUUUGGCCAGAGCAAAGGCCCCUGGCCUGGAAAAGCUAAUCCUGCCCCUGCUGCUUUGCAGAGCCAUGAUGUCCUACAGAGUGGAGUGGGCCACUUUGGUCUGACCUCACCUUUCACCAGCUUCUUGGAACUGGGGACUCAUUCCUGAGGCAGGCACUGGCCUGGUUUCACUUUGAAGCCAAUAAAGGACAAAGAGAACCUGGCAGUUGUGGUGAGUUCUGAGCUAGCCUUACUUUGGACUAGCUCUGUGAA